GUGACGUAGCGUGUGACGACAUUCUCCGUCGACGGGACACCCUCUUACUCGGGUCGCUACUUGGGUAGACACAGCAUCUCACGUCGGAGGCAGAAAUGGCUUCACACAACAACUUACGUGCUGGGAAAACGGCCGUCCAGGUCUUGGGCGUGUUGCUGUCUGUGUGUGCCCUGGCCGCGGCCUCGUCUGAACAGACCAAGACGGUGGAGUUCAACGUGAAACCGGGAGGAGUGGUGCAUACUUUCUCUGAGGGAAUUGGGGACUAUGAGUGCUCAUUCACUUAUGCCUCACAAGGGGGAACCAAUGAGCAAUGGCUGAUGAGCGUUGGCCUCAGUGAGGAUGACAGACUGUUUUCCUGCUCUGUGUGGAGGCCUCAGGGGAAAUCAUACCUGUUUUUCACUCAGUUCAAAGCCGAGCUGAAGGGAACAAAAAUUGAAUAUGCCAACGCAUAUUCCCAGUCAGCGGCGGGAGGACAGAGCGACGUGCCUUUGAAGCCAGAGGAGUUUAUCGUCGGAGAAUCAACAGUGACGCACAACAGUGGAAAGUUCAGUGCCCAGCUCUCCAAACUGACGGCCAUUGGACGGACACGACACGACGAGCUCUAAAGACGCGGCGUGCACGGCACCGUUCAGGAAGUGAGUUUCUGCAGAACUGCCCAUAAAGAAUAGAGACAAGCAAAACCUGUGGAAGAAUGGUACUGGUGCUGGCCUAGAGAGCACAUUGUGUGUCAGCACACUGAUGAUCUGAUGGAUUUGUUCUGCAUGGGAUUAAAAAAAGGGGGAAAAUAUGGAAAAAAAAAAGAAAAGAUCAUCGAGGCAUCAGUUGAGUUUCCAGAUUUCUAUCCAAGAUAAAAAUUCUGAGAUAAGAUAAAGUGCUUCCCUAGUUUUUUCUUAGCUUCUGAGGUUUACAGAAAAUAAUUCUGUUCUGAUCCAGGGGAUGUGGUAUAUGAAUGCAUAGAAGAUUGGUGUCUGUGGGCUUGUCCAGUAUAGAUUGCACAUUAAGAAUAGAGCGGGAUUUAGCCCUCUAGUGUAAUCCUGAGAGGAAAGGGAGUAAUCCCCAAUAUCGUCACGGCACACACAUAAACAAGUAAAAAUUCCUGAGUCUGGCUCUGAUCUGAGCCGCUGUUGUCAGUCUCCAUCUCUCUCUGUUUAUCUACAUCUGCUCCAGAUAACGGAGAGCACCACAUCCGACACCCCCAAACACCAGCCGCUACCUUUGGUGGAAGCUGUUGUUUUGGGCUUGUUUUUGUCAGAAGCUGCACUUGGAAAAGAGCAAAAAGCAGCUCCUUAACAAAAUAUAAGAGGAAGACACACAAACUGUGAAGAAUUCCAAAACAUCCAGGCGUAAAUCCUGUUUUUUUAAGCGGGUUCUGUGUGCUCCCCUGUUAAGAGCAAAACACAGACGUGACAGGCAGGUAAUGGAGAAGACAAAGAGAAACCAGCGCGUAAUUACCCCGGCCGUCUCAUACCCCUUACUUUCAUGUUCCAGAGCCACAUGUGAGGAUCAGGGAGUGUUGCGCAGGUUUCAGAAGUGCUUCAUUAUCACUUGUCCCCCCCCGCCUCUGCUCCGCCUGCUCUCUCAUGUCUGCUUUAUCUCCCGACAUUGAUCCAGCCCUCUAACAGCACAAACGUCAAAUGAUUGAACUCAGAUUCCAGGCUUUUGCUGAUAUGAUUCUAUGCUGGCAUUACUUGGAUGUAUGUACCUCCUUCGGUGUGGGUUUGCUGUCUCUCAUCUGUCUCAAAGACAUCCCUCUGGACUUGAAGAAAUAGUUGGAGCGGAGAAAAUGAACACAUCCAGAGUCUGAGAUCACUCAUAAUGUUACUUAUUUUGUACAUGCUUUCUAUUUCAACCUGUUGAUGGUUCCAAGUCAUGAUUAAAUGUAAUAAUGAGUGUUGCAAUAAAGGUAUUGCGAUGAUGGCAACUUUCUUUUGUUUCUUUUUUCCUGGUUGCAUCAGUCAGCAUCUGACAGAAGCUCUCAAUCCCUCGUCGGAGCAGAAACAUGAAACGAGGAGGAUUUUCUUGUCGGUGUGGAGACAAUAAAUGUCCUGAAUCCUCCCGGAGCUGGGCCACAGCCAACAUGGUGGAGAGCAUUUUAAUGCCCCAUCUUAUCUGCUCAAGUGACAGUCGUUUCAGCGGCACAGCUAAUGCAUAAAUAAUUUGAACUUGGUUUCUAAGUAGUGUAGAAACAAGCCCGUUCCAGAGCUUCCAGCUGAGACUGCGUGGCAGAAAUCAGCUUCAAAAUGUAUUCUGCAAGUACGC